AUUUCAUACGAAAAAAAARCCAAACAAGCGAACAUAUUAAUGUUGGUUCAAUGUGAGGAAUGGAGGGUGGGUUUUUUCCUUUUGCUUUGUAUAAUCUUCAUAAUUGCACCAGACUUGCUUCAAAAACAUAAAGCUAAAUUACAUCUUUAUGGACUAAAGAAAAAAAAAACCGUGUUAAUAUUUUGCAGCAUGUCCACACAAAUAGCUCCUAAUUUUAGGACUAGGUCUAAACUAGACAGGUUAAGGUAUUAUCUAAAUGGGGAUCUACAUUCUCUUAAUUGACAUCUGGAGACUAAAGAUGGGCCAAUACAUUUCUUCAAAGGAUUUUACGAUAUUCCUUAUUUUAGUUUGUAGCCUUUGUUACAAACUAAAUGAGCCUGCCGAGGGCUUAUUGAAAUUGAUGAUGGCAACGUAUCUCAGAGGGUGCAAAUUUAAUCCCUUUCCACGCGAGGAACAUAAUUCAAAAAUAUUUUCAAAUUAUUUCUGUUAUGCGCAUCGUUUGGAAUAAUGCUUAAAAGGAAGCAAGCAAAGACGGUAGGGGAAAAAAAAUCGACAUGUUCACAAAUGCACGCUUGUCCCCAACACCUUAUCUCCGAGCCAGUAAAUUUUUUGUAUUGCUUUCGACGACGGGGCGCCAAGUGCGGUGGUUUCCAUGGUCUCUGUUAGCAAACAGGGCUGGUCUCGGCUUUAUCACACAGGAGGCGGCGGGGUCCAGCCGAGCCUGCCAGACAGAACCCCGGGCCAGGGCUGUUACACCCACCUACUACUCGGUGCCGACAGGCGACUGCGGAAAAACAGCCUCACUGAGACGGUGGCAAGUGCGCCGCUGCCCUGAGGGGUAGAAGAGUACGGGCCGGGAGCUCCGCGCGCGCGAGAAAACGCAUUGGGUAGGAGCGRGCCGCGCUGGCACCAACGGGAAGAAGCAGGAAGCGCUCCGCGACAGCAGGCAGGCACAGCCGGAACCGUAAGUCCGGUGGCACAUCAGAUCCGUCCACGCCGGCCCAAAGAUGCUAGCACGCAUGCGCCUCCCUAGACCUCCGAAGGCUUCCGGGGGUCUAUUUCCGCCGCUGAGCUGUCGGUCCCUUCCUCGCCGGCCGGCUUAAACGGCGCCUACGGGGGUUGCUUUCGGGUACACGUGUUCCUGAGUUCCGAAAGAGAUGCAAGAGUAGAAUGCUGGGCAUCAGUCUGUCGCUUGUAAACGUUUGAUGAGUUAAUUAAGUUGAUGUUUACUGUGGCUUAAAAAAAAAAAAAAACUUUUCCAAAACAAAAAGCAACGUAGUUUUGGGGGAGUCCCUGAAAUCUUCGCAUUUCGCUCGCCCAAGUGGUAUUACCAUGCAAGUAUAGUUGGUGAGGAAGUUUUAAAGGAAGUUUUUGCCAGUAUGUUCUUACAUGUUUUUUCUUCUUUAAAAAUUUGGUUUGCGGAAGUCUGGAAAUGGCUUCAAAAUCACAAUCUAGCAUCAUAUAUAAACUUGUGUGCUUGUUCUUCUCCCCCACUUAUCCUGUCCUAUCAGGAUGCUUAGUCUCCAAAUUAAAGACCAAAAGGGGACCUGGGAGAUAAUUCACAUCAUGGUUGAGAAAAGUAAAACCGGCCUAUGAGCCCUCCACUAAUCAAACAGCAACAAGGAAGAGACAAAAAUGUUAUUUAUUCACCCAACUCUGGGCCCAUACUGAACUAGCUCUCAGAACUGCACACACGAAAAGAAUAACCCACUCCCUUUGUUUCCCUCUCCAGCAAGUUCCGAGAACUGCUCCSUUACAACAUUGACCGUAGAUCAAGCCCCGCAAAUCACUCGCCUUUAGUUUCAACGGGCACCGCCCCCACGGGCCCGGAAGUUACGUCACGACGCUCCGUACUCCGUCCCCGGAUGUAGGGUUUUAUAUCCGGAUUCUUAGCGCGGAGUUAAGAGUACCGCUUUCCCCUUCGCGCGUUGCACAUGCGCUACGGCUUUUUUUCACCCCCCCAUUUCCACUUCCACUAGCUUCCACCGUCCGGGGAACCGCCGCUACUGCCGCCGAGGAGUCAGGAAGUUCAAGAUGGCUGCCGCGGAGACUCAGUUGCUGCGGGAGCAGCCAGAGCUGGAAGAUGCUGAUAAUUCUGAAAAGAGUAUAAAUGAAGAAAAUGGAGAAGUAUCAGAAGACCAAUCUCAAAAUAAGCACAGUCGUCACAAAAAAAAGAAACAUAAACACAGAAGUAAACAUAAGAAACAUAAACAUUCCUCAGAAGAAGACAAGGAUAAAAAACAUAAACAUAAGCAUAAACAUAAGAAACACAAAAGAAAAGAAGUUAACAGAAGGUCGCGGUCCAAAGACAGAAAAUCAAAAAGGUCUGAAACUGAUAAAGAAAAGAAGCCAAUUAAAUCUCCCUCUAAAGAUGCUUCUUCUGGGAAAGAAAAUAGGUCACCCAGUAGAAGACCUGGUCGUAGUCCUAAAAGAAGAAGUUUGUCUCCAAAACAACRUGAAAAAUCAAGAAGAAGUAGAUCUCCACUUCUAAAUGAUAGAAGAUCUAAGCAAAGCAAAUCACCUUCUCGAACUCUGUCUCCGGGUAGAAGAGCCAAGAGCCGAUCCUUAGAAAGAAAACGAAGAGAACCCGAAAGAAGACGACUUUCUUCUCCAAGAACACGACCUCGAGAUGAUAUCCUCAGUAGACGUGAAAGAUCAAAAGAUGCCAGCCCUAUUAAUAGGUGGUCUCCAACCCGAAGAAGAACAAGUAGAUCUCCCAUUAGACGAAGGUCRCGCUCCCCACUUAGACGUAGCAGAUCUCCAAGAAGAAGAAGCAGGUCUCCUCGGAGAAGAGACAGAGGUCGUAGGAGCAGAUCACGCUUGAGAAGGAGGUCUSGUUCACGAGGUGGUCGCAGACGAAGAAGCAGAAGCAAAGUAAAGGAAGAUAAAUUUAAAGGAAGUCUUUCUGAAGGAAUGAAGGUUGAGCAGGAGUCUUCAUCUGAUGAUAAUCUCGAAGAUUUUGAUGUAGAGGAAGAAGAUGAAGAAGCUCUAAUAGAACAGAGAAGAAUACAAAGACAGGCAAUUGUCCAGAAAUAUAAAUACCUUGCUGAAGAUAGCAAUAUGUCUGUACCAUCUGAACCAAGCAGCCCCCAGAGCAGUACUAGAACACGAUCACCUUCUCCAGAUGACAUCCUAGAGCGAGUAGCUGCUGAUGUUAAAGAGUAUGAACSGGAAAACGUUGAUACAUUUGAGGCAUCAGUAAAAGCCAAGCAUAAUUUAAUGACUGUUGAACAGAAUAAUGGUUCAUCUCAGAAAAAACUUUUAGCACCUGAUAUGUUUACAGAAUCUGAUGAUAUGUUUGCUGCAUAUUUUGAUAGUGCUCGACUUAGGGCUGCUGGCAUUGGAAAAGAUUUCAAAGAGAAUCCCAACCUCAGAGAUAACUGGACUGAUGCAGAAGGCUAUUAUCGUGURAACAUAGGUGAAGUCCUAGAUAAGCGUUACAAUGUGUAUGGCUACACUGGGCAAGGUGUAUUCAGUAAUGUUGUACGAGCCAGAGAUAAUGCAAGAGCCAACCAAGAAGUGGCUGUUAAGAUCAUCAGAAACAAUGAGCUCAUAUCCUAUAGUCAGCAAUUGUUCCUGGCACUGAAACUCCUUAAAAGGUGCAAUAUCCUACAUGCAGAUAUCAAGCCAGACAAUAUCCUGGUUAAUGAAUCAAAAACGAUUUUAAAGCUUUGUGAUUUUGGAUCGGCUUCACAUGUUGCAGAUAAUGACAUAACACCUUAUCUUGUCAGUAGAUUUUAUCGUGCUCCUGAGAUCAUUAUAGGUAAAAGCUAUGACUAUGGUAUAGAUAUGUGGUCUGUAGGUUGUACCUUAUAUGAACUCUACACUGGAAAAAUUUUAUUUCCUGGCAAAACCAACAACCAUAUGUUGAAACUCGCCAUGGAUCUCAAAGGAAAGAUGCCAAAUAAGAUGAUCCGGAAAGGUGUAUUCAAAGACCAACAUUUUGAUCAAAAUCUGAACUUCAUGUAUGUAGAAGUUGAUAAAGUAACAGAGAGGGAGAAAGUUACUGUCAUGAGCACCAUUAAUCCAACUAAGGACCUGUUGGCUGACUUGAUUGGGUGCCAGCGACUUCCUGAAGACCAACGUAAAAAAGUACACCAGCUAAAGGACUUGUUGGACCAGAUCCUAAUGUUGGACCCARCUAAGCGAAUUAGCAUCAACCAGGCUCUACAGCAUGCUUUCAUCCAGGAAAAAAUUUAAACGAGAUGAAGAAACUCCAAGGGUUUGAGUAAUUAAAUACAAAGACUGAAGAAAUUUCACAGCAGUUUAUUAUUAAUGUAUAUAAACUUAUAAAUAUUUCUCCAGCAAAUUUGAGGAAGCAUGAUAUAUUUGAAUUAACACCAAGGGUGAUAUUUCUUUUAGAAAUGUUAGUUAAUCUGUUUUGUGUCUUAUGUGAAAUUUCACUGUAGAACUGUUUUAAUUGCCAAGACUGCACAAAAUUACAGUGCUAAUGUAUAUGGUUGCAGUUCACAUAAAAGACAAAAGCAUCUGUUAUAAAAUGAGUAGUAAUAUGGGUGGUUGAUUCGUUUUUAGCAGAAUUGGCUUCAUUUUGGUCUUCAGAUAAAAUGGCCAGCAUAAAUGCUGUUUAUAUUCACGUUUUCCUAGGUGUGUGUGUGCAGGCCACAGCAGCAUGCCCUUGGUGUAGUCAGUGCCGAAAGGGGUCUGUUCYUUCUUGAGCCUGCCUGCAGGGACGGUCUCCUCUUUUAAAGCAGGUUGUGUACRACAUUCAGUACACUGAAGGUAAGCUAAACCAUCAACAUCACUGGUGUUUUAAGAUGUUAUUUUAUUGGAAUAAUUGACAAAUGAGGGAUAAUAGCUUUGUGGCAGAAUUCCCUGCAUGUGUGAUAACUGAUCUUGUUUUAUUUUUUGGCAUUGCAACUGUGGCAUAGUUACAAUUUCUGUUCUGUUCAUCACAUUUAAAAUUUGAAGAGUACGCGCUUGAUGGAUAGAGCGCCUUCAGUGUACUGUUUCUUAUUAACUUUACUUUUUUAAAAUCAACUUGCUAUAGACUUUAUAUACAUUUUGUUAAAUACAGUUCCUAGUGACAUAGAAACGAUGCAUAGUUUUCAUUUACUAAUUACAAAUGUUGAGGCCUAAUUCUCAAAGUCCUCAUAUUUAAAGGUUAGAUAGACAACAUAAUGAAAUUUUUAACUAUUUKUAUGUCAUUUUGAAAGUGUACUGCUUUAUGGUAAAAGUGUUUUUUCAUUUGUUCAUUGUUUUCAUUAUUUGUGAUCAUGUUGUCUUUCAAUACAGGCAUAAACCUUCCACUCUUGAACAAAGCAGCUGCUUUUUAAAAGCGGUAAUUGCUUCUUUACCUUUUAUUUCUUUUGUAAAUGAAGCUUUUCUUUAAGAUUGUGACUUUAAAGUGUUGUCUAUUGCAUAAACAGUUGACACUCACUUAUUGUAAAGUGAAGAUUGUUCUACUGCAUGUGAAGUGGACCAUGCAGAUUUCUGUAUGUUCUCAGUAUGCAUCACUAGAUAAUAAAGUCUUUUGUGAACAAGGCAUUUGUAGCCAUUUUUAAAAGUUUUUGUCUUCAGUGCUGGUAAGUCAGGUAAACCAUAAAUAGUUAAAAGCAACCUUUCUUUUUAUCCUGAAGUCUUUAAUUGAGAGUAUUGUUGAAAGAAGUAAAUCUAGCCAAAAGUUUAUCAAUUUAUUAAUAAUUAGGAUUCUAAUUAUUUUUAUCCCCCACCCCCCAAAAGCCCACAAUAUUGUCAGCUUUCAGUGUAGUGAGAUUAUUCCUGUAGGUUAUGGGGUAUAAUGCAGGAUUUAACUAAUGUUUUUGCUAUUUUCUCACUUUUCCUUUUGAUGGUGCGGAAAGAGAAAAAGGAAAACGGGGCACAGGCCAUUCAACGCCUUCUGCAAGGGGUCUGAUUUGCUGAGACACCAGCUUCACCUUCUUAACAAGGUGCAGCUCAGUGGAAGAUGAUGACAACCAGAAGACAUGAGCUAAGGUUUCUGUCCUAUAAAAGAUUAAAAAAAAAAAAAGGCUCCAUUUAGUUUUUGUCUAAUUUUUUUAGUUUUCAGCAUUAUGAUUUGGGUUUCAUUGGUGUUUGGUAUUUAGAAUAGUAGUGCUAUUGUGGUGUUCAUCUUGUAAAGUGCUUGUUUUCUCAUACUUCCUGCCUCUUCUCCCCUAUACCCCUCCUCUAAAAUAAAAAUAGUACUUAAGUUUAGUGAUAUAAAAGGCUCUUGGGUGCUUAAGAUCCCACAUAACACAUGGUUGUAAAAAUUAUAUGCUAAGGAUUAUUAGAAAAACAGCAGCAUACAUCUAAAAGUAAUCUUCAGCUUUAAGCAGGUACAGAAGAGUAGAAGCAGGAAUUUUAAGAAUGUAUUUAACUCCUUUAGUUAAUCUAUUCUCUUACUUAACCUUUAAUAACCUUGUUUUAACAAGUGCUCCAGUCAUGGUCUUAAAAUAGAUUACUCAGAGCCAUUGUCAGUUUUUCUUAAGGGAAAUGAAAAAGGUGAUAACUAGUUUUUCAUGUUCCAAAAUUUAGCAUUCCUAUUUUUAUCUACUUGAAAAAAACCCUGUAAAAAACAUCUUACAUACAUAUACAUGGUUUUAUUUGAAUUUGUAAUUUUGCUGAGGCAGAAAUUUGGAACUUUUUUUAAGACCUCUGUAACAUUGAAGUCGUUUAGUUAAUGAUCUUAUUUAACAAACCUGCAUUCGUGUUUCAGAAUAGCUUUAUAAUUUUCAAAUAGAAGUAUCUGUUAUGAAGUUUCAGCUUUCUUAUACUUUAUGGCAAAAAUAAUAUCAAGUACUUGAGAGUUCGUGAAAGUCUUAAACAUAGUUCCAAAGAUGUCRUAGUUCUUUCUAGGGCUGGAGGAGAACUGGAAAGCAUAUGAAGUUUAGGUACAUUGUCUCUGGGUAGGUUAUUCUCAAAGAUCAUCAGAAAUAAGUGGAUUUUGAGCAAGGGGAACAUCUUGUCAUAAAUAAGAUCCUCCUGAUAUUUGUGUUUAUCUGUAAAUCUGUAUUGAAAACUAUUUCUUCAUUCCCCAAUGKCUAUCUCACUCUAUUUGCUGGACUAUUUUGUUGUAUUUUUAACAUAAUAUUUAUCUUGACAUUAUAACUACCACAUUUUCCUAACAAAAAUAAACACUAAGGACAUUUUUUACAAUACAAAAUAUGUAAUGUUUUAUAGUAUGUGAUAGAGGUAUUGAAAUGUUCUCAGUUUUGUUCCAGACUUGCAUUCCUCUUUUCUGCUUUACCCAUACUUUAUCAUCAUUCAUAAGCAGAACUCCCAGCUAUAUAGGUAGAGAUAAAAUCUCUGAAAUUAAACAGGAAUCACAUUCAUUAAAAUUUAGGUUAAGCAAUUAGGGAGUGUCCUCUUAAGUGUUGGAGAUACAAAAUAAGUCACAUAAUCAAAUAUGUAAUACACCUUCUUCAGUUAAAAUGACAUCAUUAACAGUGGGCUCCAUAACUAUGUUUUUUUAACAGUAUGCUAGUUCCAAAAUGAAAUUCAACAUAUAUUUUAUAUCCUUUAUAAAAAUGUCCCCCAGCAAAUUCAUUUGUGAUUUUUGUUUUUAUUUUUUACAUGUCAAAUGAUGUACACUAAUUUGACUUUAAGAUAUUUUCCAGUUAUUUUGAGAUACCAUUGUAGCAUCCUUAAUUUUUCUUCUCCUUCUAUAUAUAGGGUAAGGGACAGUUCUGAAGAACCUUUCCAUUUAGCAAUCAAGAUAUGGAAGCUGAUCUCUGAAAAUACUCAAUGUGUAUCCUAAUUGUUCAUGGUAUUAUUUGAUUUGUAACUUGCAUUUUAGCAGCAUAUGUCCCCAAUUGACUUAUUGGAAAACUUAA